AUGUCCAGCAACCGCAAGCGUGGCAGCAUAUCUUCACACUCGGGCGCACCAGCAAAGAAGCGCAAGCCGUCGAAUCUACGCAAUGCCUUCUCUCCCGAUGCCGAAUCCAUCGGCGGUUCGCCACGCCAAUACUCGCGUUCACCAUCGGUAGAAAGCAACAUCACAACUUCAGUUAUCAAUGGUGUUGGCGGAAGCAAGAAGCGCCGCAAGAAGGGUGGUGAUGGUGGAAGUGUCGCUGGUUCGAGUGUAAGAGGAGGCAAAAGUGGUGAUGGAAGGAGUGCAGUCGGAGGCGAAGAUGAAGGAGAAGAAGACGACGAUGAAGACGAGAUGGGCGAGGAAAUGGGCAUGGAGAUUGAAGGCGGAAUGAGCGUCGAAGCCCGACGCAAACAAGAAAAAGAAUACGAACGAAUGCUAGAAGACUUCAUGACGCCCGCGCAAAUGGACCGCUACGCAACCUACCGCCGCAUCCGCCUCAAGCGCGAAACCGUCCGCAAACUCGUCAACCAAACCCUCUCGCAAUCCGUGCCUCAACCCAUCAUCAUCGCCGUAACUUCUUACUCCAAAACCUUUAUCGGCGAGCUCAUCGACCGCGCCCUCACCGUCCGCGACGAAUGGUCCGCCGUACGCACUCACUUGCCCAACCCCGACUUGCCCGGCCCCAUCUUAAACCAGAGUCUAGGCCGGCCAAGCGCACACAUCAAGGACGAGCGGAAUAAGCCGACAAAUACGGAUAUCCAGAGUGCAGGGUGGUACAUGAACCAGGUUGACCGCACACAGAGUAUAUGGAAGGAGGUGGAUAAGAAUGCUAGUUUGCAGGAGAGAUUGCGGGCUUGUGAUAAGGGUCCGUUGACGCCUGGGCACUUGAGAGAGGCGCUCCGGCGGUACAAGAGGGAUAGGGAUGGUGGUGGUGCGGGCUUUGCGGGUAUGAGUCUGGAAGGCGUGGAGAGGACAAUGGGUAGGACGGGCGGGAAGAGACUCUUCAAGUGA